ACGCUUGGAUUCAAUGUAACAGUGCGAGAAUGGCGCAUGCGCCUACGGCUCCCCGCUCCGGGCCACAAGGGACACCUUCCAGUCUCCGCGCCGAGCCAGCUCUCGCGCAUGCGCACACCAUAAACCAACGCCCGGGUGUUGAGGCGCGGGUUUGGUGGCGCGUUUUAGCAAAGUCGCACGUGAAGGAUAGCGGUUACCGGAGCCUGACCCAGCCAUGGCAGGCUCAGGCAGCAGUUCUCCGUGGGGCACGCACCUGUUCAAGGCCAUCCUGAUGGUUCUAGUGGGCCUUGUGCUCCUCCACUCAGCAUCAUCCCAGUCCCAGCGAGACUUUGCCCCACCAGGCCAGCAGAAAAGGGAGGCCUCGGCUGACCUUUUGACCCAGAUUGGACGAUCUCUGCGGGGCACGCUGGAUACCUGGCUGGGGCCAGAGACCAUGCACUUGGUUUCAGAGACCCUGUCGCAGGUGAUAUGGGCCAUCUCCUCUGCUGGCUCUGUGGCCUGCUUUGCCUUGUCUGGGAUUGCUGCGCAGCUGCUAAGUGCCUUAGGGCUGGAUGGUGACCACCUCACACAGGGCUUGAAACUCAGCCCUAGCCAAGUCCAAACCUUCCUGCUGUGGGGAGCAGCAGCCAUGAUCAUCUACUGGCUGCUGUCCUUGCUCCUCGGCUUGGUCUUGGCCUUGCUGGGGCGGAUCAUGGGGGGCCUGAAGCUUUUCAUCCUCCUGGCGGGCUUUGUGGCUCUGGUGAGGUCAGUGCCUGAUCCUUCCACCCGGGCCUUGCUACUCCUGGCCCUGCUGACUCUGUACGCCUUGCUGAGCCGGCUCACUGGCUCCCGGGCCUCAGGGGCCCAACUGGAGGCCAAGGUGCGAGGCCUGGAGCGCCAGGUGGAGGAGCUGCGCUGGCGGCAGAGGCGAGCCGCCAAGGCACCCCGGAGUGUGGAGGAAGAGUGACAAGGAUGCCCCCAAAUGCUACCUUCACCAUACCAAAGAGCUGAGUUGCUUCUGGGUUGCACAGCCCUCCUUGCAGCCCCUUGCCCUUUCCUUGCCCUGUUUCUGAGCCUUCAGAACCUUUAUCCCUGCCCCAGCCCCUAGCUGAGGGAGAGGAGGACCACUCCACACUGGUCCUUGGGCCUGAGGCUGACUGUCUGGGAUGGUUCUCUGCCCUUUCUCUACUCCCAGCCUGUCUCAGUCACAGCGGGUUGGAAUGCCUCUGCUCCUAAUUCUGCAUCUCCUUUAGCCAACCCCACUGCCACUGUCCCCUGUGACUUACCUGGCUCCCCUCUGCUGCUGCCUGGCUUCCUCCCAAAGUUUGGGCUCUCCUGCCCUGCAGCUCCUCCUCAGCCAAGCCUCCAGAUCCCUUUUCCUUUCAGCCCUGACUCCCACCAAACCACAGCCCCUUGAGGCCUGCCCUGUCCUUCUCAUUGCCCAGCUGUAGGAAGAGGCAAGGGACAUGGGACCUAAGGAUAAGGGAGGAGGAAACGGGUCCUUGAAGGUCUGGGACAGGGGUGGGUGGAAGAUGUAUCUUCAGUCUGUUACAAGUGCCUUAAUCCAAGCCAGCAGGGCCCACUGCUGGCUUGCUGCCAUACUGAAUGUAGGAAAGUGUGCUGUGGCUGCUUUGUCCAGAAGACAGUAGUCCCUUGAAUCUUGAUUCCUUUUCAGCCAAAGCAAAAGGCAGCAGCUGCUCUAUAAGCUUGUUUGCAGGUAGGGCCCUGUGGGGAUUUCAGAGCUCCUGAAGGAGGCAGGAUCCUCAUCUGCCCAGCUGCAAGUGGUUCUCUCCCCCUGUCCCUCCACUGCCUGUCACCAAGGAGCCCUUGCUGAUCAGCGCCCACUCCAGCAGCUGGGAAGAGCACAUAGCAGCCCUUUUCCUGCUUGUGCUCUUACGGGAUGACAGGAUGCAGAGCUCCACCAGGGUGUUCACUUGGUCUUGGGCUUUUGAUCAUUAAGUGGCCUCUUGUUCCUCUGAGACCCUGGUGGAGGUAGGUGUCCUCUGCCAGGUCUGGCACAUGAUGUGAAGAAUAAACACCCAGUUCUUACUGUUAAGGUUUGAUGUGGAAUCAUGGCUGCAGUGAUAUAUAUUUUUGUCAGCGCUUGGUUGGUUUUAAAUAAAGUGCACGCUAUUUUAUUAUCUUGUUCUGAAUAAAAUGUAUUUACUCAAAAGUCUGGAUUGCUUG